UCAAACUUAAAGAUAAGUUUAAAGAUCUGUUAGAGGUAUGGCAAACACGGGCGCGGAUACAGCUAUUCUGAAGGAUCACCCCGUAAUGCUUCACGCAGUGCUUCUUCUCGUGUGUGUGGGCGGAGCUCUCUCAGCAGGCAGCAGGGCUUCCUGCCAUCUACCUAAGGUGGUCGGUCCAUGUGAAGCCCUCAUCCUGCGCUACUUCUACAACACCAGCACGGGGCUGUGUGAGAACUUCUACUAUGGCGGUUGCCGGGCUAACGCAAACAACUUUCAAACUCUAGCCGAUUGCGUUGCUUUGUGUCAAGCGGUGUAAAAUAGGAAUUCUCAUGACAUAUUUUGGAAUAAUAAAUGUUGACGUUGAAUUUUA